AGUCACCAACAGAAAAGUAUGUAGAAGUGCUAACUAACCACUUUAAAACAGAAAUAUCAGUAAUUAUCUAUUAUCCACCACAAGUCGCGUUUUCGUCACAUCAAAAUGGAAGAUAUUCACACAGGCCCAGCGACGGACACCAAUCCAAUCGUUUUCUUCGACAUAACCCUAGGAGGCGAACCGCUAGGUCGCAUAAAAAUGGAGUUAUUCGCAGAUGUCACUCCUCGGACAGCCGAAAAUUUCCGCAGAUUCUGCACAGGUGAAAGCAAAAACUCCCAAGGAAAGCCACAAGGAUACAAGAACAGCAAGUUUCACCGAGUAAUCAAAGAUUUUAUGAUACAAGGAGGCGAUUUUGUCAAUGGCGAUGGAACAGGAUCUUGUACCAUUUAUGGCACCCCCAAAUUUCCAGAUGAGAACUUUGUUCUGAAGCACGACCGCGCAGGUCUCUUAAGCAUGGCUAACUCUGGGCCAAAUACAAAUGGCUGCCAGUUCUUCAUAACAACUACAGCGACUCCAUUCUUGAAUGGGAAGCAUGUCGUGUUUGGGCAGGUAGUGGAUGGCAUGGAUAUCGUGCGGAUGAUCGAAAAUACACGCACAAUUAGGGACAAGCCAAGCCAAGAUGUGCUCAUUACACAAUGCGGAGAGAUGUGAGGGUGUUCUGGUCUAAGUCCGUGCUUUUUGCGAUCCUAAAAUAGGAUGAUAACCAUAAAGAUGAUUAGCUCGUACUCAUCCUGUUUUCAAAUACAGUUUGUUUCAAGCUCAAGGGUAAGGGCAUCUAAACCUCAAGGUUCAGGUUCACCAU